UUUCCUCUCUCUCUCUCUCUCUAUACACCCUCGCGUUCCAUUCCACCUCUCCCUUCCUUCGUCCGUACACCUCUCUCUCCUCCCCUCUCUCUCUCUCCUCCACGCCCCCGGCGAGGCGAGGCGAGGCGAGGCCGAUGGCCGCGAGCUCCGGGGACGACGCGCCGCGGCCCAAUCCGCUCCCGUCCGCCCUCGUGUCCAACCUGCAAUCCGUGCUCGCGGCACGCCGACCGCCACCGGCUGCGGAUGAACCCGGCGCCGCGGCCGCCGAGACGUCGGCGACAGAGGCGGAGUCUUCGGGGGCUCCUCCCGUGGCCGAUGAAGGUCCGGCGAAGCCGGCCGUCCUCCUGACCUGCGCCGGCGGGAUCCGGUCGCCGGGUCUCGCGGCUCUCGUCGACGCCCUCGUCGCGGGCGGCCGCUGCGACGUCCACGUAUGCGCGCCCGAAUCGGACAAGCCAUCUUGCGGCCAUUCCAUUACCAUCCACGAGACCAUUGCAGCGACAUCGGUGGAUUUCACAGGCGCCAAAGCUUUCGAGAUAUCAGGGACACCAGUGGAUUGCGUCUCUUUGGCAUUAUCUGGGAGGCUGUUCUCUUUUACGGCGCCUGCUUUGGUGAUCAGUGGCAUCAAUGCUGGGCCAAAUUGUGGAUAUGAGAUGUUCCAUUCUUCUGCCAUUGCUGCUGCAAGGGAGGCCUUACUGUAUGAUGUUCCUUCGAUCACAAUAUCAUUGAAUUGGAAGAAGGAUGAAAGCAAAGAUACCGACUUCAAGGAUGCUGCUUUGGUUUGUCUACCAUUGAUACAUGCUGCCUUGGAAGGCAUUGAGAAAGGAACCUUCCUCAGAGGUUGCUUACUAAACAUUGGGGUUCCAAGCUCACCAACUACAAACAAGGGUUUCAAGCUGACAAAGCAAAGUGUAUGUUGUCCUGCCCAAAGUUGGCAAGGUGUGUCAGCAAGCAGACCUACGCCUGCUACUCACUUCAUGGGCAUGCACCAAAGCCUUGGUAUUCAGCUUGCACAACUUGGGAAGGAUGCAUCUGCAGCAGGGGCUGCACGCAGAACUAAUGCUCAGCGGAAGAUUGUUGAGGUUGAGUCUGUUGCAGCUACAGGGAAACGAGAGGUUCGAGAAGUAGUGAAGAAGCUUUUCCGUGCUGAGUUCAUCGAAAAGGAGCAUGAAUGUUUAGAUGAGGAUAUCGAUUUGAGAGCUUUGGAGAAUGGAUUUAUAUCUGUCACUCCUCUGAAUAUACAUGGGCAUGUGGAGCCUGAAACUGGAGUAACUGCUUCAGAUUGGCUCUCGGCAGCUGUGGCUCCAGACAAAGCAAAGGAAGAUUCUGUAGUUACAGCAGAAGAACAAGAUGCUCCAGAUGUAGCCGAGGAAAAAGAAGCUCCUUCAGCAACCUAACAUCAGACAUGUAUACACUCUAGCUGUUUUAGUUCUUGGAACGAUGCCUUUUCUCUUACCUUUCUUUUUUUUAUCGGUUUGAUUUGCUGUUAGUCUUUUGCAGUUCAUAUUUGCCUACUGCAAUCUUUAUUUUUGUUCAUGUUCUCUGAUGAUUGCCUUUGUUUCUCGUCAUGUGAAAUGAUUUCGUGCUGGAGACCCUACAGUUUGAAUGUAAACACGUAGGCGAUGGCAUCUGCUUGAUGAAAUACUUCCAGCCACCACCACUGUUUUUUAGUGUGGUUUGUUCCAGUAAAUGUUGUAUUCAGCAUUGGAUGGAUGAAUUGAUUUGUUUUUUUUUCA